UGUAACCCCCCCCAUGUACCCCCCAUCUCUGCUCUCUUGCAGAAUGCUCCAUGUGUCCUCUUUGCUGCCCGCCACGCUGCCACUGCUGCCACAAACCUGAAGGACGUCCUGGCCUCCAUGAUCCCCAAGGAGCAGGCGAAGAUCAAAAGCUUCCGCCAGCAGCAUGGCAGCACGGCCAUCGGGCAGAUCACAGUGGAUAUGGUGUACGGCGGGAUGCGGGGCAUGAAGGGGCUGAUCUACGAGACCUCAGUGCUGGACCCCGAUGAGGGGAUCCGCUUCCGUGGGUUCAGCAUCCCCGAGUGCCAGAAGCUGCUGCCCAAAGCGGCGGGGGGCGAGGAGCCACUGCCUGAGGGGCUCUUCUGGCUGCUGGUGACGGGUGAGGUGCCCACCCCAGAGCAGGUCAGCUGGGUGUCCCGUGAAUGGGCCAAGCGGGCGGCGCUGCCUUCCCAUGUGGUGACCAUGCUGGACAACUUCCCCACCAACCUGCACCCCAUGUCCCAGCUCAGCGCCGCCAUCACCGCCCUCAACAGCGAGAGCAAAUUCGCGCGCGCUUACGCUGAGGGCAUCAACCGUGUGAAGUACUGGGAGUUUGUCUAUGAGGACGCCAUGGAUCUCAUUGCCAAACUGCCCUGCGUCGCCGCCAAGAUUUACCGCAACCUCUACCGUGAGGGCAGCAGCAUCGGCGCCAUCGACCCCAACCUGGACUGGUCGCACAACUUCACCAACAUGCUGGGUUACACCGACCCGCAGUUCAUCGAGCUGAUGCGCCUCUACCUCACCAUCCACAGUGACCACGAAGGGGGCAACGUCAGCGCCCACACCAGUCACCUGGUGGGCAGCGCGCUGUCUGACCCCUACCUCGCCUUCGCUGCUGCUAUGAACGGGCUGGCCGGGCCCCUGCACGGCCUCGCCAACCAGGAGGUGCUGCUGUGGCUCACAGACCUGCAGAAGGAGCUGGGCCAGGACGUGUCGGAUGAGAAGCUGCGGGAUUUCAUCUGGAACACGCUCAAUUCGGGCCGGGUGGUGCCGGGCUACGGCCACGCCGUGCUGCGGAAGACGGACCCGCGCUACACGUGCCAGAGAGAGUUUGCCCUCAAGCACCUCCCCAAGGACCCCCUGUUCAAGCUGGUGGCUCAGCUCUACAAGAUCGUCCCCAACGUGCUGCUGGAGCAGGGCAAGGCCAAGAACCCGUGGCCCAACGUGGACGCACACAGCGGGGUGCUGCUGCAGCACUACGGCAUGAAGGAGAUGAAAUAUUACACCGUGCUCUUCGGGGUGUCCCGCGCUCUGGGCGUCCUCUCGCAGCUCAUCUGGAGCCGGGCGCUGGGAUUCCCCCUGGAACGCCCCAAAUCCAUGAGCACUGCGGGGCUGAUGCAGCUCGUGGGCUACAAAUCCGGGUAAAAAGGGACAGGGUCAGGGCUGCGCUCGCUGCUCCCCCCGACGCCUCCGGGCCCGGGACGGACUCGGCACUGAACCCCACUCCGGCUGUGGGGGGGCGGCCCUGGGGGCCCCUCCUGCCCUGCGCCCCCUCCUCCCCAUGGCACGGGGCCCGGCCCCCUCCUUUCGUGGCUCCUGCGCCCCCGGCCCGGCAGCACCACGCACACUGAGCCCCAGCUCCCCGCUGCCGGGGGGGGGGGGCCGGAUUCGGGCCUCCCUUUGCAACCACUUCCCCCCCCCCUGAGGGGGGUUGGGUCCCAGACCCCCGCCCGCGCCCCCCCCCCCCCCGGGGGGGUCCAGCCCUUGGGGCAGCUGGUGAAGAAUGAAUGUUUCAGCCCCCCCACCUCGAAAGGCCUCGAUACACUCCUCCCCAGUGUUUGUGUGAUCCCCACGUCUGAUGCCCCCGGAGCCAGAGCUGGGCCCCCCGCUCCCCGUUGGCCCAGCCCCGGCCCGGCGCAGGCUUUGGGCAGUUCUGUACAAACAACGAUAAAAUGCAAAAUAAAUGUUUUUAUUAACAAA